UUGCCACCCCCACCCCCAAUCCUUGCAUUCCCUUUCUGCCAUGAUUGUGAAGAAACCCUAGGAUUCCCAAGAGAACAAUGCGAAGAAAACAAAAUCCAGAAAUUUGCGCAUUUUGAGAGCGCAAUUUGAAGUUUGGAUAGUGUUUUCUGUGUUUAGGUUGUUGCGAGCGUUUUCGGUUUUUGAGUUGGGUUCCUCCGGCGAGAGAAGGGGAGGGAGGAGAGAGGGGUUAGGGUUUUUGGAUCGAUUGUGAGAGUGGGUGGGUGGGUGGGGGUGGGGGAGAGGGUCGGGAUUGGAAGAUGAUGGAUGUGAUACUGCACAUUUAUGAUGUGACGAACAGUGGGUCGGAUAAGACGAACAACACCAUUCUUCAGAUCAACAAGAUCUUCAAGGAUGGUAUUGGCUUGGGCGGUAUCUUCCACAGCGCCGUUCAGGUGUAUGGAGAUGAGGAAUGGUCAUUUGGGUUUUGUGAACAAGGAACUGGAGUUUUUAGUUGCCCGUCUGGGAAAAAUCCAAUGUAUACAUAUCGUGAGUGUGUUGUCCUUGGGAAAACAAGCUGUUCAAUUUUCAAGGUAAAUCAAAUCUUGAGAGAACUUAGCAGAGAAUGGUCUGGAAGCUCAUAUGACUUGCUGUCAAAGAACUGUAAUCACUUCUGUGAUGAGUUAUGUGAGAGGUUGGGCGUGCCAAAACUUCCAGGAUGGGUUAACCGGUUUGCUAAUGCUGGUGAUGCUGCCAUGGACGUAGCAGGAACCACAGCACUACGGUUUAGGCAAGCCAAGACACAGAUUGUCUCAGCCAGCAAAGUGGCAUAUGGAUUCCUUUUGGGUGUUACUUCUAACUCGACAGUAACUCCUGAAUCUCCAAACGGUUCAGAAAGAGGCACACCUAGACUCCAAGGUGCUUGGUUUAAGAAUUUAAUUUCUGGCGCCAAACCAUCUAGUAGUUCCGAGAUCGAAAAUCAGGAAGAGAACAUGCUUCAGCAGCAAGAGCGACACGACACAGCAGAACCACUGCGACAGAAUGGUCAUGGGAUUUGAGGAAGUAUUUUUCUCUGAAGGAUCAUUUGCUAUGUGUACUACACUAAUUAAGAACAGUGCAUAGCAGUGUUGACUUGUCAUUAGUUGUGUAUUGCUGUAGAAUUUUCCUCUUUUCCUGUUCAACUGAAUUUCCCCAUUCAUGCCCAAGACAGACGACAAAACAUUGAAAAGAUGAUUCAUUUUACAGUA